AUGAUUACUCACUGGUGCCCUUCAAGCAUUCUAGCAAAAGAUGAGAAACCGAAAAAGUUUUGCUUAAUAGUAUUAAACCAGCCAAUUAAUCAUGUAGAUGCAUUUCAUCGAUUAUGGACAAAUGCUUCUCUUAAAUUUGUAGCUGAUGGAGGAUCAAAUAGACUUUAUGAUGUUUUUAAACACGAUCAGCAACUAUUAUCACAAGGGGAUUUAGAUUCUAUAAGGCCUGAAGUUCGAGCUUAUUACGAAUCUAAAAAUGUCAAAAUAACAAAAAUUAAUGAUCAAGACUCAACUGAUUUUAUGAAAUGUGUUGCAUUAUUAAAGGAAAAGGAAAAAGAAUCAGGGCAAACUGUAUUUGCUACACCUGCAUUAGGUGGUAGAUUUGAUCAGACAAUAGCAAGUAUUAAUUUACUUUAUAUGCUUAAAAAUGAAAUCGAAAGAAGGGUUAUUUUAGUCAGCGAUGAGAAUCUAACCAUGUUAUUAGAUAAGGGUGCUCACCAAAUACAUUGUCAACUGGAUUUGGAAGGUCCUACCUGUGGUAUAAUGCCUAUUGGAUUCCCUGCCAUCAUUAGUACGAAAGGAUUAAAAUGGAAUUUGGAUAAUGUAAAAUGUGAAUUUGGCGGUAUGGUUAGUACAUCAAACCAUGUAGAUGAUGAGUUAGUUGAAAUAGUGACAGAUUCACCUAUUAUUUGGACAAUUGAAAUCAAUCUUAAACAAUAA